AAAUUAAUUGGCUACCGAAAACCAGGAUGCGAUUUUGGUCAUCUACUAUGUAGAGCUUAACCUUAAGAAAAAUGAUCAACGGAUAUUACGGGCGCGUUUGUGUGACCAACAUGAAGAAUUAACACAAAGAAUUCAGUCCGCCAGUUUUUCUUUUUCCUUUUCCUGCGACUUCGGCAAGUCCCCAAUAUUGACUAUUUGCUUUCUUUUUAUUUCGUCUUUUCUAUGUAGCCUUAUUAAAACUCCAGCCCUCCUCUCUCAAUUCUCUCUCGUGCGUAUCUCAGGUCGUGCGUAGUACAGACUGUCUCAGAAGGCUGCAUAAUUGUGCCGAGUUUUUAUACUACACUUUUAUCCCAUCUGAGGGGCCAUGUCUAACGAAAAGACCAACUCCGCUUUGGAGGCGGAUGAGGCUGUUGUUCCGCAUGGCGGAAGCUCUGAAUCUCAGGAUGUUAGCCUCAACGAGAGUUAUACGCAUGAGCAAGAGGCUCGCGUGGUCAAGAAGCUAGAUUGGAAUCUGAUGACGCUAUUCUUCGUUUUAUACAUGCUGGCCUUUUUAGACCGAGGAAACAUAGGAAACGCUAGGAUUGCGGGUAUGGCCAAGGACCUCAAGCUUGACGGCAACCGGUAUCAGUGGCUACUCAAUAUCUUCUACAUCACUUACGUCCUUUUCGAAUUCGGCGUGUUGCUAUGGAAGGUCUUCCCUCCUCACAUUGUCGGCGCAUGCGUCGUAUUUCUAUGGGGUUUCAUCGCCACUGUGCAAGCUGGCGUCCACAGUUGGAACGGUGAGAUGGCUUUGAGGUUCUUCCUUGGUGCCUUCGAGGCCUGGUAUGCACCUGGUAUCAUCUAUCUCUUGUCGUUCUUCUACCUUCGACAUGAAAUUGGUUUCCGUUGCGGUAUCUUUGCUUCGGCAGCUCCGUUGGCCUCGACGUUCGCAGGCGCUUUGGCAUAUGGUAUCACUAGCGGUCAUGCCCGCCUGGCGAACUGGCGUCUACUUUUUCUUGUAGAAGGAAUACCAACCAUGCUCAUGGCUAUCUUCGCCUUCUUCUUCAUCCCAGAUUCCCCCGAGAAGGCCAGAUUCCUCACUCCAGAGGAAAAGGAUAUCGUCAGAGCUAGGGCCAUGCGACAGGUCGGCACUAACGCAAGUGCCAGAAUUGGAGGGUUCAAGGUUAAAGAGAUCCUCCCCGUCUUCAUUGAUCCGAAGGCAUGGCUAUGUGGGUUGAUGUAUUUCUGUGGCAACGUAACCUACUCCAGCUUGCCUGUUUUCCUCCCGACCAUUCUCGAGGACAUGGGUUACACUGCUAUUGACGCGCAAGGACUGUCUGCACCCCCGUCUUUUGCGGCCUUUUUGUUUGCCUUAAUCACAACCUGGAUUGCAGACAAGACCCAACAGCGAUGUUUUGUACUCGUGGUCACUUCGAUCGUGGGUGGAGUUGGCUACAUCAUCCUUGCGACAGUUGAUACAGUUGGUGUACGUUACUUUGCCACCUUUUUGGCUUCAGCUGGCGUGUUUUCCACCAUCCCUAAUAUUCUCGGGUUGACUCUAAAUAACCAAGGCAGCGACACCCGACGAGGAGGUUCUAUCGUUCUCAUCAACUUAAUCGGCCAGUGCGGUGCCUUUCUGGGAAACAACAUCUUCCCCACGAGGCAGGCCCCCAGGUAUGUUGAGGGUAUGGCUAUCUGCGCCGCCCUCAUGUUUUUCUCGGCUCUCCUCGCGCUUUCCCAGCGCCUACUCUUGAUGUGGGAGAACUCUAGACUAGACCGCAAGUAUGGCCAUGUCUCGAAUAGAAUGAACGAAAACGCGAAGGGCGCUGCCCAAGAAAAUUACGGCCCUACUUUCAGAUACGUCCUUUGAGGUACUGUGGGUGGUGUGGCCCACUUAUCCAUCCUAAGAUUCGAUUUAUACCCCUUUUCCCCUCCUCGUCAACCACGAGUUUGAUAAUAUUUAAGUAGGCCGAAGACUAGUGAGCAUUAUAAAGUAUUCUAUAUGAAAUAGAAGCAGUAAUAAGAUGAACGGUACAGGAGAUCCUCGCUAGAUAAUUUUCUUAGAAUUAC